GUAUUAUGGUCACAAAAUAUAAAGAUAUUUAUAGUACGUACUACGUACAGAAGGAAGAUAAUGUAAAUUGAGUACAAAGAAUUGAGUAUCUGUGCGUCAAACUAUGCGUGCAUAGAAUUGGAUGCACAAUAAUAAUUGACUGUGCAUUGCUUAGAGGAUGGAAAAAAGUGCAUUGCAUUGAGUGUUGUGAUUGUGAAACAGAUUUAUUCGGUUCGUUUUGUCUGUUUAAUUUUUUUGAUUCGGAGCUAAAGAAUUUACUUGAUAUGUAAACAUUGAGAUAGUGAAAUAUUUGUGUUCGUGCUUUACUUGAGCUUCGUAAAAAUGUCAGUAAACCGAAGAGACAGAUCAAGGUCUCCCAUGAGAGUAGGCAUUGUGGGUCGCAGAAGAGACAAGUCAGAGUCUAAGAAUGGGAAACCAGGCAAUGGCAUUCCUAAUUCCAGUGUAAUGAGUCAACAGAUGAUGAUACCUAAUAUGUUUUCACAGGGUAACAUGAUGAUGCCUGGGGGCAUGUUCCCCAACAUGAUGAUGCCAAAUGCAAUUAUGCCCAAUAGCAUGAUUCCCCCUCCUGGAAUAGAAAUAAUGCAAGGGGGUAGCAUGGAAAUGUUGCCACAAGCCCCACUGGAUAUGGCAGGUUUAAGUGGGCAAUCUAUGCAGGCAGCUGUCCCAGCUUCAAUGGACAUGAGCAUGAUGGGGGGAAUGAUAAUGGAUCCUUCUAUGAUGUCUAUGUACCCUAAUAUGGGAGCAGAUAUUAGUGUGAUUCAAAAGAAGGAAGUACUUCUUAAACAUUGUAAGCUGAGUCCUCCGAGUCCAGGCACAGCGGAGCCGCCUCGACGAAAUAAACCACCAGGCUGUCGAACCAUAUUUGUUGGAGGUUUGCCUGACAGCAUAAGAGAAAAUGUUGUAAGGGAAAUAUUUGAAAGCUACGGAAGAAUACAUACCUUAAGGCUUUCUACAAAGAACUUCUGUCAUAUCCGUUUCGACAGAGAGAGCAGUGUGGAUGCUGCAAUGAUGAUAUCUGGUUAUCAUCUUAAGCUGUUCAAAGAUGGCAAAGAGGAAGAUGAAGAUACUAAAGCGAAUUCUGGAUGGUUGCACGUUGAUUAUGCCCUGAGCCGUGACGAUCAAAAUGAAUACGAGCGGAAGCAGCGACAAGCGUUGAGGGCUCAAGAACAACAAAUGCAGCAGUUGGCUGCUCAGCAGCAAGCUCUUGGUGCUUCUUCGCGAGGGAUGACUUUUGAGCGCUCGCCAUCGCCUGUUAGGAUCCAACCAUUCUCCAAUGGCGCCAUUCUACAACUUGCUGAGAAAAUUAAGAGUGAAGAUAAUUUUGCUACCACUCUUCCCACUUUGAUAGCGUGGCUGGAACGAGGCGAAUGUUCUAAGAAAACUGCGACACAAUUCUACUCUAUGAUCCAAGCUACUAAUGCGCAUAUUCGGCGUCUAUUUAACGAAAAAGUCCAGGCAGAGGAAGAACUCCAAGAAUGCAAAGAAAGGGUCAAAAAUAGUAUUCAAAAAGUGAUCGAUCAACUCGAACAGGUGGCGAAAGUUUUCACUGCAGCUACACACCAGCGCGUCUGGGACCACUUUACUAAACCCCAGCGGAAGAAUAUUGAGACGUGGCAAAAAAUGGCACAGGAAUUUAGUUCUUUGAAGGACGAAUUCCAUGAGAAAUUCUAUAACGAAGACAGUGAGUUCAACGGAGGGUACAUGAAGAAGACAAUUGACUUGGGCGGUAGUGGCGAGGUCCUGCAGUUAAAGCGUGAGAACGAAAGUCUGAAAUUCCAGCUAGAAGCGUACAAAAACGAAGUAGAUGUAAUAAAAGCCGAUGCACAGAAAGAGUUAGAUAAAUUCAAAGCACAAUUCAUGGCCCGACAAGCAUUGCAAGAAGCAUUUGACAACAAUCCGCCUCUUCCAAUAAUAUCGACAAUGAAGCCGCCACCUCCGCCUCCGUUGCCCGAGGACCUCGACUCCAAAGUACACCUCAAAGAAGCCGUGGAAGCUGGCUGCGGAGAGGCCAUGCUCAUUGGAGUCAUAUCAGCUUUUUUGCAGGUUCACCCGCAAGGUGCGAGUUUGGACUACGUAGUUUCUUAUGUACGAGCCCUAUUCUCACACGUAUCACAAGCAACAGUACAUCAUGUUUUACAAAAGCAUACAGAUGUAUUCCAAUGUACGACUACUGGAGUCGGUGCUAAUAUCGAACACCGAUGGUCCUUUGUUGUAUUUAAAAAUAUUGAUAUUGUUUAGGAAGAACUGCAAAAAAAUGUUAUAAAGGUAACUACUCUAUAAAAUCAUAUCUCAAAUCAAUGCGUUACUGACAAAAUAAAAAAUUACAAAGAAUUUAUGUCAGUAAUAAAGGACUGAUGCAAAAUUAAUUAAGAUAGAUUUAAUUUGUACUUACGCUAUGUAAUUUUAAUAAAAAUCUUGUGUGAUGACGUUAAAAAAUACUGACUUGAU